GCUGCUGCCUAUCUUGACCAGGACUUUCUGGAAAAAAUAUAUUUUUAAUCUCAAUAAGACCUAUCCUGUUAAAAUAAAGGUUAAGGAAUGAAAGUAUAAAACCGAUUGAAAUAAAGUGUUUUUAACAUGAAUCCUGAGCUCCGCAGAAACAGUCAGAGUGAGACCUCCCUAUACUGACACUCUCUGCAGCAGGAAGCAGCAGCAGAAGAGCGAGGUAGGUCACAGCUGCUGUAAACGACUUCAAACAUCAGAAAUAUUAAUAACCGAUACAGACAGAAGAUAUAACUGUCUGACCUCAGCGGUGGUUGGAUGUUAACGUGGUGUUGGGUUCCAGGUGUCGACUGUAUGUCAGCACUGAGCUGUGCCAUCACCAGUAAUCAUAGACCGUGAAAAGGAAGUGGCUGUACUCACCCAUUGACUUGUUGACUACAGUUUUGAAGCCUUGAGUAAGUAACAGGAGAGGGAGGAGUUAAGUGGAAACACAAACUCUGGAAGAGUUAAAGUUGUAAGAUGAAACAACAACGUGGUAGCGACCUGUCAAUCACGAAUUAGCCCCGCCCUAAAUCCUACCCUGCUUUACCAUCUGUUUUACUCUAAAAAGGACCAUAAUUUACUAAAUGAACAUGUUUUGACUAAGACUUGAAACUAGAUUGAGACAUAAACUCAUCAGGUAAUAUUUACUGAGGUAAUAAAUCAGGAGAGAAGUAGAAACAUUUUCUCAUAGACUUCUAUACAAUCAGAGGAGUCGCCCCCUGCUGGAUAUUGGAGAGGACGUUGUUACUAACAAUCAGUCGAUCAAACAGAUCCCUCUGUGACUCUGCAGCAGACUCCUUGGCGGCGGCUGUGUGAGGUGAUGAUGUUGCUGCAGCUUCCUGCCGAGCUGUGGCUGAAAGUGUUCAGCUUCCUGUCCUGGAAAGACAAGCUGAGCGUGCGACUCACCUGUUCACACUUUAGAAACCUGCUGGAUAAGUCCCGCUCCCUGUGGCGAGGGUUCAGUGUUGUGCUGCGGCAAUUCUCCCGUUACAACCCGCCCUUCUGGCGCAGCCUGGCUCAGAGGCAUGUGGUCGGCGUGUCGGUGCGUUCAGGUAAGAGGAAACACCUGAAGCAGCUCUCCGCUUGGCUUCCUGCUCUCGAGGCGUUGCGACUAGACGACUGGAGGGAAGGGGGCGUCGACGAGUUGAGACUUUUCCACCAGCUGCAGCGCCUGUCCGUCACUUCUUGCUCCACGCCACUGAAGAAUGUGGACUUCCUGUUUCCUCUGAGCCAGCAGCUGCUGCAGCUCAGCCUCUGUGAUGUGCAGCUCACCUGUCCCGCCUCUCACCUGUUGGCCGCCCUCAGUCAGCUGACCCGCCUCACCUCACUGCUGCUGCACCACGACGGCAGUCUGAAGGUGCCCACGCUCAGGGGCGUCCUGACUCACCUGAGAGAGCUGAAACGGCUGUCUUGGACCAUGAUCACCUACAGGACGCUGACACAAGACUUCUUCAGCCUGCUCACAGGUGACAGCGCUCUGCAGCUGUCUCACCUCCAGUUGUUGAACUACGACGCAGUGGUGUCGCAAGAAGUUCUGCAGCCUUUGUCACGCCUCCGCAGCCUGUCAAUCUUCCACCUGUACUCCGUACCUGGACCCACCUGUCACCUGCAGACAUGGCUGAAGUCACUGCCACAGCUGCGCAGCCUCAGCGUACAUGGGGGCCAUCCUCUGGCGAUGUACGCUGACUUCCUGCCGUCUUCCCUCCUCAGUCUGACUCUCUGUGUGGAUCUGCAGCCUGAUGAUCUGCAGGUGGUUUCACUCAGAGCUCCUCACCUGGAGCACCUGCAUCUGGAACCCUGGAGCUCCUCCUCUGACCUUGUGAGGCUCCUUCCACAGCUGUUCCCUCACCUGAAGACGCUCCGGAUCAGACAUCAGCACCUGUCAGACAGUGACUUUCUGUGUCUGCAGCAGCUACAGCGUCUGCACACACUGGAGGUUCUGGAUUCGUUCUACAGACCUGACCCGAUCGACCCAAGUUGGGUCGUGUACCAGCCGAGUCCUCGUCUGCUGCAGCUGAUCUCUGAGUUGCAAAAACUGACAAAUCACAGAGUCCGGGUCAUUACCAGCUCACUCAGAGACCCGCUGUCCUGCCACUGUGUCUGACCAAUCAGACUGAGAUACUUACUGUGCUGGAUAUUGAUGUUAAAUGACAUGUACCAUGUGUGCAGUGUAUUGAUGCAUACUCAAUAAAGCCACGCCUUCCAGAA